CUUGCCACUAAUUCAUAGUAUAUUUCCUUCCAUGUACAUCUAUCACGAAACUUCACGGAACUAUCAUUGAUAUCUAUAUCGAGUCCGUUGUCCAGAUACCGCUUUUGAAACUAAAUUACAGCAAGAUCACCAUAUCGGAACCAAAGCGCAAAAAUGUCGAUAUCUGAGUCAGGAGUGGCUAAACGACCAGGACGAUCUCCAAUGCCCAUAGAGAGCACCGACGGGGAACGGGAUUUGAAAAGCCCGAGGAAAUAUCCGCUGAAAGUAUUACAAUUGCAAUCUUUUGUGCUCUCUUCUAUGAAGCUCUCACAGUCAAACACAGCCUGGAUGAAGAAUUUGUAUGUCGUCCGAAGAGUAUCGGUCCAGUGAAAUAUGUGUACUCUUUCAGACGCAUUAGGGAGCACAAUGUUGUGAUAGCCUGACCUAAUCAAAUGGGAACUGUGAAGGCUGCCCAAUGUGCGACGGCUGUCAGCAAACAGUUUCCAAACGUCCGAUUUGCUUUGAUGGUCGGCAUUGGAGCCGGCAUUCCCUCCCCGAAUUGUGGCAUCCGACUGGAAGAUAUUGCCGUCAGCAUUCCCCAAGAUAACCACCCCGGUGUGAUACAGUAUGACUUUUGCAAGUAUGAGUAAGAAAGAUUUAUUAUUAAGGGGUCUCUUGAUAAGCCUUCAUCAAUCCUGAUGAGUGCAGAUGGAUCUUUGGAAAAUGAUGAAAUGAUGAUGAGGAAACCGUUCAGAAGGUUAUUAAAAGAAUAUCACCAAGAUACUCAUGUUUGCACUACCUGAUAUAGAUGAUAUCCUGUCUAAUCAAGCUUUCCACCAUAUAAACAAAGGAGAGGAUUACAUUGGAUGUGAGGAAUCAAGUGAGAAGAUCGUGUCCCG